CUGAUUCUGGCCUUGAGGCCAGGGAGGCCUAGGAGUUGCUGCGUAGCAUCCUCUUGCUUUGUUUCACACCAUGUCGGGGAAAGAGUUAGAAGGACGAGUUCUCAAGAGAGCAAACCCAAACACAAUACAGGACAAAUUUCUAGUUGGAUAUCAAGGAUGGUUCACCUGUAAUGGGGAUGGCGAACCUUUGGAUCCUAACCACCAUGGGUGGCUGCACUGGUUUGAUAAGCCGAUCCCGCAUGGUGGACACCCUAAUACAGAUCUAUGGCCAGAUUUAUCUGAUUACUCCCCGUCCGAGCUGUACCCUGCCCCAGGUCUCAAAAACGCAGACGGAGAACAAAUGUAUCUCUUCUCUUCGCGCCACCCGAAGACGGUGAGGCGCCAUUUCAACUGGAUGGCGUUGCACGGUGUCGACGGCGCGUUCUUGCAACGAUUUGCAGGCCAAUGCGACGCGGGCUCAGCUAUAAGGAAAAUCAGAGAUGAAGUGGGUGAUCGUGUUCGAGAGGCUGCUGAAGCAGAGGGAAGGGUCUUUGCCAUAAUGUAUGACGUCUCGGGUGUUCACCCAGACAAGAUUCAGCGAGUGCUCGAGCAAGAUUGGAUGCAUCUCAUGCGGGAUAAAUGCAUUCUAGACAGCCCCAAUUACCUUCGCGAGAAAGGGAGCCCAGUCAUCGCUCUAUGGGGUUUUGGAUUCAACGACAGAAAUCACUCUCCAGAAGUCGUCCGAUCUAUCACUAAUUUCUUUUGUUCCUCCACACCAGGCGGUGCUUAUCUUAUGGCAGGUGUACCUGGACACUGGCGCACAUCGACAUCUGAUAGCGACCGAGACCCUGAGUUCUUGCGAGUCUGGACAGAAGAAUUUGAUGCACUGAGCCCUUGGACUGUUGGGCGUUACGGAAACGAAGAGGAUGCGGAACGCUGGGGGAAUGAAAAGGUCAAACAGGACUUCGAUUUUUUGAAGCAAAGAGGAGAUGAAGGCAAAAAAAGAGUAGACUACAUACCCGUAGUACUUCCUGGAGGCAGCGGUUAUAAUCUCUCCGGCGGAAAAUGGGGAUUCAAUGCCAUAAAGCGCAACGAGGGCCGCUUUCUCUGGAAGCAAAUAUAUGCUGCUCGACGCGCAGGGGUGCGCAUCAUUUACGGGGCCAUGUGGGACGAAUAUGAUGAAGGAACAGCAUUCAUGCCUGUUGUCUCUUCUUCAAAGCAACUCCCUGUUCACCCACAGUUUGACUUUCUAGCGCUCGACGCCGAUGGCCAUUCGCUUCCGUCAGACUGGUAUAUGCGCAUAACUGGUCUCGCCGCUGAAUCAUUGCGCGGUGAUCGUAUGAUAGACGAGACGUUUCCCGUCAAGGAGUUACAAGAUUAUUGGGCAACACGCCCCAGGUAUGAAGAUAAGACAACUCGCGAGGAAGAGGCGGAGCAAUGGAAGAAAGCUCAACGAGCGUAUAACGAUUGGGCUGCAAAAGAGGGUGGUGCAGUGGCAGAUGAUGCUCCUCCACCAUAUAGACUGGAAGAUGAGCAUCAUACACGGAGUCCUCAAAUAAGCGGUGCAUUCAACGUCAGGCCAGUCCCACCUGAAGCCACCAAGCCCACCCUCGGCUAUUCAUCCAGUGCCUCGGCCUCUUUUGAGUCCCCGCCGCCUGUUCUAGCCAGGAGUCCAUCGCUGACCACAAGCUCGUCAUCGGCAAGCAGCCGACCUCCUGCCAUUAAUAUGAGUUCUCGCCCUCCGCCUCCUCCGAUGUCAACAAGACCGGCAUAUCCCCCCGAUAACGUGGAUGUGGUCAUGCGUCCCCAUCAGCUCUAUCAGCGGCCAAGCUCCUCGCAUUCCGUUGUCAGGCCAUCUUCUGGAGCUUCUUCCCCCCUUUCUGCACCUGAACCUUCUACUGUGGCAUAUUUGGCCGAUAAUCUCGCCCGACAGAAAUUAUCACACCAUCCGUCAGAAGUCGACCCAGGACCACAUCAAUCCCAUACGUCAGGGAUUUCUUCUCCGGUCAUGCAAAUGCCUUCCGUGGAGGCGAGCCUAAGGCGUCCUAGCACCUCGCCCGCAACCCCGUCAGUUUCUCCGCGCCCGCCGGCUUCUUCAGUACCUGUUGCAUCAUGGUCCCAAUAUCCUGGCCAACAACAGCCUCACUAUGCUCCGUACAAUCAUCCCCCUGCCCCACCCCUCGAUUCCCACCCUUCAUCCUCACCACAGAGUAAGCCUUCCGCUAUAGGCGGACUAGGAUACGAUCGACAUGAUGCCAACAUGCAUUCACACGCCGCCUCUUUCCACCGCGUAGAACAAUUCCAUCCGAACACAAUUCCAAAUUCUGGUGUACCUCAAGAGCCUUACAUGGCAAUGGACAGGCCACCACAUUCCUACCCAACCUACCCCGCACCAAAUCCACUUGCCCAAGACUAUUUCCAACACCAAACUUCUCCCGCACAACCUCCUGGUGGUUCGCAUUCUCCUCGACCAUUCCCUCCACCCGAAUGGGGAAACCCAAACUCGCCUCCGCCCCUAGCGCACCAUAAUCGUCCUCCCACACACCCCCAGUCUCAGAACUAUUACGCCCCGAACCAAUCGGCACCGACGUGGACAGGCAAUGGUGGAGGGGGUGGGUUCAAUCUCACGGGGCGCGCACUAGACAAGCUGGAGGGCAUCGCGGGGAGGGAUACGAGGAGGCAGGUGGAGAACCUUGCGCAGAGCGGGUCGAAGUUUCUGAACAAGUUCAAAUGAUAUCAGCCUCCUAGGAACUCUCAGGAACUCCUUGCUUCCACCUUUGUAUGACUUCAGAUACUUUCUAGUUGAAUUUUGAUUGAAUGGCUGUUGUACUCUUAAGCAGACGUUAUAAUUCAUAGACUUUAUCGAGUACAGUUCUGUUCAACGUUUCUUCGCUGGUUAAAUCAGUUACAG